UUUUAGCAGCAGUUAAACUGGCUCUACAUCUCCCGACACUCUCAACAGCUACCCAACCGACCUCCAAACCUCCUUCACACCAUUCCCUUCCCAAAAUGCCCUCAAAACCCUCCAAAACUCCUCCAUCUCCCACCCUCUAAUCUCAGCCACCCAUCUUGCAGCAAUGGCAGAAAAGCCCCACCUUUCAUCAGCUUCCACCCUCCUCUCUCUCCUCCUCCUCUUCUCCUCCCUCAUCCCAGCCCAAACAGCCAUUGGUGUGAACUGGGGCACCAUCUCUUCUCACAGGCUCACCCCCUCUGUCGUCGUUGAUCUCAUGAAACAGAACAGAAUCACGAAGGUGAAGCUCUUCGACGCGGACCCCACCAGCCUGAAGGCCCUGAUGGGAAGUGGUAUUGAGGUGAUGGUGGGGAUCCCAAAUGAUAUGCUGGCGGCGUUGGCGUCUUCGGCUGCCGCAGCUGAUCUGUGGGUGAGGGAGAAUGUGUCGAUUUAUGCGGGGAAAAACGGCGCUGAUAUCAGGUAUGUUGCGGUCGGCAAUGAGCCUUUCCUCUCAAACUACCAAGGCCAAUAUCAGUCUGUCAUCGUCCCUGCUCUCCUCAACCUGCAGCAGUCCUUGGCAAAAGCCAAUCUUGCAAACUUUGUAAAGCUAGUGGUUCCUUGCAAUGCUGAUGCAUAUGAAUCUUCACUUCCUUCUCAGGGCUCAUUCCGACCUGAGCUGACUCAGAUAAUGACCCAGAUUGUCUCCUUUCUCAACACAAACGGCUCCCCCUUUGUUGUCAACAUCUACCCCUUCAUAAGCCUGUAUCAGAGCACCGACUUCCCGCAAGACUAUGCCUUCUUUGAUGGAACUUCACAUGCCAUUAUAGAUGGGCCGAAUGUUUAUUCCAAUGCAUUUGACGGCAAUUUCGACACCUUGGUCGCGGCCCUUAAUAGAAUUGGUUAUGGCCAGAUGCCCAUCGUAAUCGGUGAGGUGGGCUGGCCAUCGGAUGGUGCAGUAAGUGCGAAUCUCAGUGCUGCAAGGGCCUUCAAUCAAGGCCUGAUAAAACAUGUACUGAGCAACAAAGGAACUCCGUUGAGACCGGGCAUCCCGCCCAUGGAUAUCUAUCUUUUCAGUCUACUUGACGAGGAGCAAAAGAGCAUACUGCCCGGGAACUUCGAAAGACACUGGGGGAUUUUCUCUUUCGAUGGGCAGGCCAAGUACCCAUUGAACCUUGGCUUGGGCAAUAGAAUAUUGAAGAAUGCCAGAGACGUUCAAUACCUUCCAUCAAGGUGGUGUGUUGCAGACCCAUCUCGGGAUCUUUCAGGUGUAGCCAAUCACAUGAGGCUGGCAUGUAGCGUCGCAGAUUGCACCACACUCUCAUAUGGCGGGUCGUGCAAUGCGAUCGGGACAAAGGGAAAUAUUUCAUAUGCUUUCAACAGUUACUACCAGUUACAGAAACAGAAAUCGCGGAGUUGUGAUUUUGAUGGCCUCGGGAUGGUCACAUUUCUCGACCCUUCGAUUGGGGAAUGCCGAUUUCUUGUCGGGAUCAGCGAAAACAGUUCGGCAAGCAUUGUGGGGUGUUGGAGCUUAUUUGGGGCAUGUAUUAUGAGCUUGUGGGUGUUUCUGCUAAUGAGAAUUUGGGGGUCUAUGUAACAGGGGAGAUGGUUUCUUAUGUGGGUUUUUUGUGUCUGCCCCUUUGAAACUUGUUGUAAGUUAUAUAUAUAUAUAUACAUGCAGGAGGAAAAAAGACUGCUCAUAUAUAUAUAUAUAUAUAUAUAUCAGUUUAUGUAUUUGCUCUA